GUCCACUCGUGACGUACUGUUAAUUCUCACGUGUUUAUCAACGGCAAUUGACAGUUGAAUUAAACAACAACAAUAGUUCAACUGUGCGGCAACGAAUGUUUAUUGUUUAUUCACAAGUGACGUUGUUCAGUACUACUCCUCAAUCCAAUCGAAUCGCACGAUAAACAUAGGUGCUGGCGACAACGGAUAGAAUUAAAAAAAUCGCAAUGGGAAACCGUAUUUCCCUCGGAAAACUCAACAAAUUCCAUCGACAAUUGUCCGAUACUAUAAAGGAGUGAUUGGCGUCAUGCCACCAGACCUCUGUGGCUCCAAUGAAUAUGAAGCUCAAAACAUCAGAUACAGAUUUAACCCCUGGAACUACUGGUACAGAAAUAAAACCCGAUUCUUUCACUCAUAUCUGUCAUUCAAUCCUCAUUUCCCCUGCGUCUCCCGAGAGAUUCGCGAGAAGUGGCUGGUGAAUUUGACCGAGGAAUACAUCCCAGAUGACGUCCUAGACGUCGCCUGCCUGGGAAAAAAAUUCGGAGUUCCAAUAAUCCGUAGGAAAGACGUCCCAGUGCACAAUAUCAUAGCGACACUGGAAUCCAACAUGAAUUUGUUCGAGAAAGAUCAGCAGGACGAGGUUCGCACGAUCUGUGUGGACGUGAUCUCGAAUUUCAUGAGGCAGGAGAGACCCCCGAGGUAUCCAGAGUUGAUGGAGAAAAUAAAAUCAGCUAGAGAGUUCAAGAAGUCUCAUCCAGAAAUUCUUUUUCUCAAAGCUGACAAGGGCAACAUCACUGUGGCUGUUAAUAGGGAACAGUACAUUUCGAAAAUGUCGGCUUUACUGGGGGAUUCGACGACUUACACGGUCAUUCAAGAUGAUCCUACCCCUAAGAUUCAGAGGAGAGUUAAUAGACUAGUCCUGGAGUGGUACACGAAUGAUUUCAUAACUGAAGCUGACAAACACAGACUUUGGUCAAGAAACGGAAACAUAGCGUUAUCCUACGGACAGCCAAAGAUUCACAAGAAGAAUGUCCCCUACAGGAUGAUCGUCUCCUUCACGGGGACCCCCACCUACAGCAUCGCCAAAUACAUACAGAAGAUUUUAACCGAUUGCCUGAAGGAAGAGGUGAAUCUCACCAUGAAUAAAACAUCAAUUACAAACAGUCUCACCCUAGUCCGACAAAUCAGGAGUCUGAAUCUCCCCGAGGACUUUGCGAUGAUCUCGAUGGACGCUGUAUCACUGUUCACGAAUAUUCCAAUUCGCCUCGUGAUUGCAGGUAUCAAAAAGCGAUGGGAGUUGAUUCGAAAAUACACGAAGAUAAGUCAAGAUCUGUUCAUCGAGGCUGUCUCGCUCUGCUUCAACGCCUCAGCAUUUCAGUUCAACAAUGUGAAGUAUCAACAGGUUUUUGGAGCUGCCAUGGGCUCUCCGUUGUCCCCAAUCAUUGCUGAAAUUGUUCUCCAGGAUUUGGAGAAUUUCUGCAUGAAGAGAUUAGAUUUUCCAGUCUAUUUUUACACGAGGUACGUCGACGAUGUCCUGGCUUUCGUUCCCAAGGACAAAAUCAACUCGAUUCUGUGCUGCUUUAAUUCGUACCACAAACGUCUUCAGUUCACGCUGGAGAGGGAGGAGAACUGCAGGAUAAAUUUUCUGGAGGUCACUCUUAUCAGAAGCAAGAGGAAAAUUGAUGUUGAUUGGUACCGGAAGCCGACGUCUUCUGGGAGGUACUUAAAUUACUAUUCUCAUCACACCAAGGGACACAAGAUCUCAACUAUUUGUAAUUUAGUGGAUCGAGCGAUUUUACUCUCGAAUGUUGAGUUUCAUUUGAAAAAUUUGGUUUUUAUCAAGUGGUCUCUGAUUGAGAAUGGGUAUCCCGAGAGGUUGAUCUUGAAAACAGUGAGCAGACGUCAAUCGCUCCUGCUUUAUCCCAAGCAUUAUCACUCGGAGGAAUUUUUCAAGUUAAGGAGGCUGAAGGAGGAUAGACGGGUGACUCUGCCCUACGUCCAGGGCCUCUCGGAGAAUCUUCAGUCGAAUCUGAAGAAGUUUAAGGUUUCGCUGAGCUUUAGGACUGAUAGCAAUCUUCGCUGGCUCUUCACUGGACACAAGGACAAAUUACGACGUGAGCAACAGGUGAAUACUGUUUACAAAAUUUCGUGCUUGGAGUGCAGGUUCAUCUUCAUCGAGCACACGAAGCGGCCGUUGGGAGUCAGAAUGAAGGAGCAUUAUCAGAGUCUUCGACAGCCGCACAGCUUUCAAGUGUCUAAUCGAUUGACCGAGCAUGCUUUUCGGUACGUCCAUGACUUCGAUUUCGAAAGGGUUGAGGUACUCGCUGUUGAGAGUAAUUACAAGAAGAGAGAAUUGUUGUCGCUUAUUUUUAAUGAGGCGGAGUUCCCGGAGGCUGAUGAGUCUGUCGAUAGAAUUUCUCAUAUCAGUAAUAUUUAUUCGAGUCUGUUCCGUUCAUGAAUGGAAUUAUUUUGUAUGUGUUGAUUUGUGAUAUUUAAUGUACAGUUGAAUAUAAUAAUUUAUAUUGAAGGUUGUUUAUCAAUUAUUUUGAUUUUUGUUGUUGAUGAACGGGAGAUGAAGGGGACAAUGGAGAGAUUUUGUUUUCUAAAUUUUUAGAAUUUUGUUAAACUCAGUUUUGAGCGUUGAAAUAAAUUAUUGUCGAGACGAAAA